GAAAACCCAAAUCAAACUGCAAUUUUUGGCCUACUGUUUUGGGCAUUGAUUUGUAAUAUUUUUUUGGCAUAAUUUUUCAAAACUUGUUUUUGGGCUUGAUUUAGUUUAGUUUUUCAAAAGUAAAGCAAACAUAUGAUAUAUAUUACGUUGUUAACAAAUAGCAAGUCCUGAUGGCGUAAGAGUUUAGUUUUUUUUUCGUUACCUUAUAUAUGAAGGGGAUUGGACUGUAGGUAAUUAAGAAUCCUAAAUUUCGAUUUGUAGUUCGAUUUUUGGUUUUUCUAAACGCCAAACCGAAACCAUAUUUUUAUUUUUUUUUUGGAAACCAAACUACAUUAUAUUAAAAAAGAAACCGAACUAUAUUACUUAUUUUGUUUGAUUUGCAGUUCGAUUUGGUUAUAAACCGAAUUACUUUCACUCCUAAAUGAGAUUAUUUUGAUUGAACGACUAUGUUUGAGUUUAUUUUUAGAUUUUUUACCAAUUUUUUUCCUAUAAAAUACGACGAUUAGGCCAAACAAAUCGGAAAGAGAGAAUACUCCGGAUUUUCUUUAUCCACCUUUAGCUAUUUCACGCUAGCGCUGCCUCUCUCACUCUCUGCACCCCUGCCCGCUAGCUCUUCUCCAUUGAAGCGUACUCUGAAUUCUCCAUUGAAGUGGCUUGUGAGCUUUCUUUCCUCCAUUCAAGCAGCUUCUGAGGAUUCUUUAAUGUCAAUACGAAUUCAUGAAAUUGGACCUUUUUUCUCUGGGCCGAAGGCGGCCGCCCCUCCCGCCAUUGCUCAGGGGCGGGGCUACUUAUUGUCAAAGGGGAAUGUUUUAAGUAUCAUGGAGAUCAAUAAUUUACCUUCUUCGGGCAUCAAUAGUUUGAGGAUAUAUAGAUGUUCAUCGUCUUGGAAGCCUCAAAAAUUUCAUUUCGGCCAAGCUAAGAUAUACCCAGCAUCUAGUGAAAAAGUUUCUCUCUCUUCAUUGCAACCUUGUAAAGCAACUAGUGAUGAUUUGGGGAGAGCUGUCAGUGGUGAAAGCAUACUGUUAAACGAGGAGAGCUUGGAAAGAGAGUUGGACAUUGCUAUUGAACAGGAAAACUAUGCUGAAGCUGCAAGGAUACGUGACAGAAUUCGAGUUCUUCACAAGGACAGUGAGGCAUCUGUGCUUGCAGCAAAUGCUCGGUUUUACAAUGCUUUCAGGAUUGGAGAUCUAGCCUCUAUGCAAAACCUUUGGGCAAAAGGGGAUAAUGUGUGCUGCGUACAUCCUGGUUCGAGUGGGAUAUCUGGCUACGAGCUUGUAAUGCGGAGCUGGGAAUAUGUUUGGGUAGACUAUGAAUUCCCUUUGGAGAUUGAGCUGAGAGAUGUUCAGGUGCAUGUGAGAGGAGAAAUUGGAUAUGUAACUUGUGUUGAAUUAGUUAAAACUAAAGGCAGUAGCUGGGGAAGACAAUUUGCCACCAAUGUUUUUGAAAGAGUUGAUGGUCAUUGGCUUAUUAGUGUUCAUCAUGCCUCUCCUGUAGACUUGUGAUUUGAUUGAUGUAAACAUGUAAUAAAUAAUGGGCAAAGGCUACACAUAAACCUGGUUUAUGUGGACCAUAUAUAAACCGUUGACGUGACAAUGUGUGAUAGGUAUUAGCUUUGAACCCCAAAAAUAAUAUAUUUUAACAUUUUAUUCAAAUUUCAAA